AUGUCAUCGACCUUUUCCACCAUGUUCGCUUGCGGACACGAAGAAACUUCCUCGACCCGAAUCGGCACUGAGCGAGUACCAGGAUUGAAGUGCAUAAUCCGAAAACUGAGUUGCAAAAGUUCGCCCAGAGUUGUGAGAGCUGAUUCUGCAGCAUUGUGCUCAACUUGUCGGAAAGGUGCCCCCUCACUUCCGCCCGUUAACGUUUCCAAACAAGGUAAAUCAGUCAAGUUCGAAAAGCCAACUACUCAAGGUAAAGACGAGAAGGCUCGCGGAGAGUUGGAUCCAGAUCCACUCAGAUGCCAUCCGGUCAUCCUGGCACCGGAGCGUGAAGAGCUUGGUGAGGAUUAUGCAGAUCCAUACCUCAAUGAGUUUGCUGAACUUCUCAGGUACGGUGCCCAUAACUUUACACGCAAGCAUCCAGAUGAUGUGAACGAAGGGUUGUACCACCGUGAGGCAAUGCCGAUUACUCCUUUGUUGUCACCAAGUGAGCCACAAAGUUUCCUGGAAACUGAAUUUUUCCUCCCUGCGUCAAUGCUUCCGUUUGAAGUUGCCAGUCAACCAAGCGAAGUAGGUAGUAUUGGGCGUGCGAUCGAAAAGAAGUCGAAAGACUGA